UGUGCUUUGAUACUAUGUGCUCAAGGGGGGGGGGAAUCAGUUUUUGGCCGAUUAUGUUAGUGUUGAUGUUAUGCUUUUCGAAUAAAGAUUCUUUAAGGUAAAUAAUGCCUUGAAGUUCUUUGAAGAGGUUCAUCUGUCAUUGGCAGUCAAUGGGGUUGUCCUUAAAAACUAUCCAUAAGCUGAAAAUAGUUGAAAGGGUGUCUGUUCAUCUAGGUUACACCUUGGUUUUCUGAGAUGCACUUGCUCCCAAUAUAUUUCUGGUGCCAUUUAAGGUUCUAGUGGUCCUUCUAAAGCUUUCAUGACAUGGGGAGCAGCUUACUGCAGGGACAACCUCUUUCCAAUGGUCUACCUGUCCAUCAGAUCUUUUGCUUAGGUUCCAACAUGCUGAUAAUGUGGGCAUCCUAAAGGCAGAUCCAUUCUGGAUGCUUUGGGAAGAGAGGUGGAAUGGGGGUCUCUACCCUUUCCCUUUCUCCUUCAGAGGAGACUCACCAAUGAAAUCUUCUGCCAAUCACCUCUUGGUUUUGUUCUGGAAAUAGAUCUAGAGGCUUUAAAAGCAAGACACAGGAAGGGCAUUUGCAUGCCUUUGCAGGCUCUAUUUCUGGCAGCUCAACUUAAGCAUGAGGAGAAGGGGUCCACCUAGAAGGAACCUUGGUUUCAGAAGAACAGUUCUUGCCCAUUUCUCCGCCAUGACCCAGCCGUUUCUCUUCCUCCUCUUCCUCCUCACCUACUUCACUGGUGCCUCGACCCAGUUCACCAUGACUCAGCCACCUUCUAUGUCAGCCUCCCGUGGACAAACAGUCCAUAUCACCUGUACCAGGGAAGGUGGCAGCAUUUCUAGCUACGACGUGAGCUGUUAUCAGCAGAAACCUGGCACGAAACCUCAACUAGUGAUCUAUGAGGACACUAGCAGACCUUCUGGAAUCCCUGAGCGGUUUUCUGGAUCUGUUGACUCUUCCUCCAAUUCGGCCACCAUGUCCAUCUCCAACGUUCAAUCAGAGGACGAGGCUGACUAUUACUGUUUGUCUUAUGAUAGCAAUUAUCAGAGCACAGUGAUUCCACUUUAUGGGGAACUGCGACAAAAACCGGAAGGCGUCUCAGCUUCCCUUGAAUGCUUCGCUCCAUACUGGUUCUGUCAAAAGAAUUGCACACAGCCAGAGCAUGAAUUUUCGAUGAUACAAUCUUUCACUGGGAAACAUCCCUUUAAUUUGCAAAGGUAUGUUUUUCUCCUGGAAUCCCUGGGUCAUUUUUCUGAUUCUACUGACUCUUUGUGCACGUUGGCCACUUGUCCAUCUCUAGUACAGAACAUGGGGCUGAUUAUUGCAGUUCCCCUCCUGACAGGGGUGCCCAAAGCACAAUGA